UCAAAUUUGAUAUUUUUUAUUUUCUGUACAGCUGGGACUCCAUAUGCUGGUGGAAUGUUCAGAGUAAAGUUAGCUCUUGGUAAGGACUUCCCCAAUGGACCACCCAAGGGUUAUUUCCUUACCAAAAUCUUCCAUCCCAACGUAGCAUCCAACGGGGAAAUCUGCGUGAACACGUUGAAGAAGGACUGGAAAGCUGACCUUGGCAUAAGACAUGUUUUGUUGGUGAUAAAAUGUUUGCUGAUUGUUCCAAAUGCUGAAUCUGCGUUGAAUGAAGAGGCUGGGAAGCUCUUGUUAGAAGCCUAUGAUGAUUAUGCGGCUAGGGCCAAAAUGAUCACCGAGAUACACGCGCAGGGUCCUAAAGGCAAAGGGGAACCAAGUGGUGAAGGUUCCAGUCAAGACGGGCCUGUGGCGAAGAAACAUGCAGUUGAUAAGAAAAUUGCAGCUGAUCGUAAAAAGUUAUUAAAAGACAAGAAAAGAACAUUAAAAAGAUUAUGAAGUGUU